UGCUCCGGGUCGGAGCGAGCGUCCGCGCCGUGAGAAACCCCGACACCCAGGCUUUUUUUCAAGGACAGUGAUGAGGAGGCGCUCUGCCGGGAAGCCUGUGACGUCACCGCCUGAGGAAGGCGGAGGCCAACCGAGGCUGGGGCUGUUGUCAAGAUGGAGUGUCUAACCCAGUAAUCCAAGGAUCAGACCCUGAGUCCACAAAGGUACCAUUGCCUCUGCAGCUUGUUUCCCAGCAACGACCCACACCUACUGUCUCCUUUCGCAUGGCUACAGGUGGACUUUCCUACCUUUGAUCCAGCAAGUGUGGCAAGGCACCUAGUCAGGCACUUGUUCCUUCCAGGAGGCCAUCUUUUUCCCAGUGACGGCUGAGGAAAAUGGGCAUAACGUGGGCUUACCAAAGUCCACCAACAAAGCUAGGUGUGGUGGUGACACCUGUUAUCGAAGCACUGAGCAGCAUGAUCUCCUUCUGUCCAGUCUGUGGCAAAAGUGUCCAGGUAUCGUUCAAGUUCUGCCCUUACUGCGGCAAGGCCCUGCCUGUGGAGGAGGAUGGAGGCACCCAGCCUGGCACCUCGCCUCUUGUGCAAUCCUUUCGAGGCUCCAGGAGAGACCUGAACUCCAGUUCUGAAACCUCCCCCAAGAAAGUGAAAUGGUCACACACCGUCACUUCUCUCCCACUCUCCCUCCACUCUGAGUGUGACAGCUCUGGGUCAGACGACACCUUGACUUCUCCUGACAGAGCCACAGGCACCUGGAGCAGACCCCUGACCCCCAAAGGCAGCCCACUUUCCAACAGGCUGAGCCCUCGGACACUGAAGCGGAGCCGGGUGACCACCUCACUCCAGGCUCUGCCCACAGGGACAGAGCUGACAGACCAGAAUGGGAAGCACUGGACACUAGGGGCCCUGCAGACCCGGGAUGACCAAGGCAUUCUCUAUGAAGCUGAGUCCACUUCUGCUGUCCCCUGUGAAUCAAGGAACCAGAAGUGGAGAUUCUCACUCAAACUGGACUCCAAGGAUGGGCGCCUUUUCAAUGAGCAGAACUUCUUUCAGAGAGCAGCCAAGCCUCUGCAAGUAAACAAGUGGAAGAAGCAGUUCUUGGUCCCGCUCCUGGCCAUCCCCACCUGUAUCGGCUUUGGCAUUCACCAGGACAAAUACAGGUUCCUGGUGUUCCCCAGCCUUGGGAGGAGCCUUCAGUCAGCCCUGGAUGACAACCCAAAGCAUGUGGUAUCUGAGAGGUGUGUGCUGCAGGUGGCCUGCAGGCUGCUCGAUGCUCUGGAGUAUCUCCAUGAAAACGAGUAUGUUCACGGGAACCUGACCGCUGAGAAUGUCUUUGUGAAUCCAGAGGAUCUGAGCCAGGUGACCCUGGUGGGCUAUGGCUUCACCUACCGAUACUGCCCAGGUGGCAAACAUGUGGCCUACAAAGAAGGCAGCAGGAGUCCACAUGAUGGAGACCUGGAGUUCAUUAGCAUGGAUGUGCACAAGGGAUGCGGGCCCUCCCGCCGCAGCGAUCUCCAGACCUUGGGCUACUGUAUGCUCAAGUGGCUUUAUGGGUCCCUGCCAUGGACAAACUGCCUUCCCAACACCGAAGAGAUAACUAAACAGAAGCAGAAGUAUCUGGACAGCCCCUCGCCCCUCGUGGGACUAUGUGGCCGCUGGAACAGGGCUUCAGAGACCCUGAGGGAGUACCUGAAGGUGGUGAUGGCCCUCAGUUACGAGGAGAAGCCGCCCUAUGCCACGCUGAGGAACAAUCUAGAAGCUCUGCUGCAGGAUAUGCGGGUGUCACCCUAUGAUCCCCUGGACCUUCAGAUGGUGCCUUAGGUGGAAUCCAGAGCUUCCGACAUGCACCUUGAAGUAGAACAUGAAGCAGUAUGACUUGAGGCCUGUUUGAACUCAUAGCUCCUAGAAGAAUCCCUUGAAUGUGCAUUCUCACCGCUCCCUUAAGACAUAUGAAUCAGCACUGUUGAGGAACCUGAGUCAUGUCCUGUAAUGUGAAACUCCUCCCUGUCUCUCAGCCCUUGCAGUUGUGGAUGGAAAUAAGUGGAUGCUGGCAGCAGCAGCAGCCACUCCCUAGGACCCUCCUGCCAUGGGCAUUCCUGUGAUGCAUAAUAAACUGUUUUUGAUCAGA